AUGGCAGCGAAAAUUCAAACCUUUUUACCUUCAUUCUCUGUUCCAACCUCAAAACCUAAACGACGCUUCCGCUUGCUUACCAUUUCAGCCUCGAAAUCGAAUCGUCCAUCAAUCGCAGGGCGUAAGCUCCGAGCGGCAGUAAUAGGUGGAGGACCUGCCGGAUCCUCCGCCGCAGAAGCACUAGCGACUGGUGGAGUGGAAACCUUCCUAUUCGAGCGUAAUCCACCAUCAACACCGAAGCCAUGCGGCGGAGCAAUCCCUCUCUGCAUGCUAGAAGAAUUUGAGAUACCUCACCACCUCAUCGACCGCCGCGUCACACAAAUGCGGAUCUUCUCACCUUCAAACAUCGCAGUCGACUUCGGUAAAACCCUUAAACCAAACGAAUUCAUCGCUAUGCUCCGCCGCGAGGUUCUUGACUCUUUCCUCCGAUCCCGCGCUGAAUCCGCCGGAGCCACACUCAUCUCCGGCCUAGUCACCUCUCUUAACCUCCCAACCUCACCAACCGCACCCUACACUAUCAACUACACCACAAAAAACUCCCCUCAAAACUCCCUCGCCGUGGAUGUAGUAAUCGGAGCAGACGGCGCCAAUAGCCGCGUCGCGAAAUCAAUCGAUGCCGGCGACUACACCUGCGCGAUCGCGUUUCAAGAACGAAUCAAAUUAUCGGACGAGAAAAUGGCGUAUUACGAAAAUCUCGCCGAGAUGUACAUAGGAAACGACGUAUCGCCAGAUUUUUACGCGUGGGUUUUUCCCAAAUGCGACCACGUGGCAGUGGGCACUGGUACUGUACGUUCGAAACACGAUAUUAAGCUGUACCAGCGCGCAAUCAGGGAAAGAGCAUGGUCAAAGAUCAACGGUGGUAAAGUGAUUAAAAUCGAAGCCCAUCCAAUUCCGGAGCAUCCACGACCCGUUCGGGUCCGUGGACGCGUGGCGCUCGUGGGCGAUGCAGCGGGUUACGUUACAAAAUGUUCGGGUGAGGGUAUUUAUUUUGCGGCAAAAUCGGGUCGAAUGUGUGGAAACGGUGUCGUAAGGGCUUCUGAAGGUGGUGAGAAAAUGAUUAACGAGGGUGAUUUAAUGAGGGAGUAUCUUAAGGAUUGGGAUGCGAAGUAUGUGAACACUUUUAGGUUUUUGGAUUUGUUGCAAAGGGUUUUUUACGGUAGUAACGCGUCUAGGGAAGCUUUGGUGGAGCUUUGUGGUGAUGAGUAUGUGCAACGCAUGACGUUUGAUAGUUAUUUGUAUAAGAAGUUGGCGCGUGGGAGAGUGUGCGAUGAUGUUAAGCUUUUUAUGAAUACUAUUGGGAGUUUGGUGAGGUGUGGUGAUUUAGGAACACAUAUGAAGGGUUUGAUUUUGUAG